AUGACUUCUCAACAACGAGACGAAAGUAAUAUCGAUGCAGCUGCAGUUCGAGCGCGGAUGCGGUUAUUUGAGGAUCACAAUUUGGCGUUUCAACUUCAGGAACAAGAAUACAUGUCGCACUAUGGGAGAAAUCGGGCGGAACGGCAACUAGUUGGCCAAGAUACCCGGCAAAGCAGGGGCGAGCAGCAGCGCGAACGAGAAGAAGCUAGAUUUCGGCAUAUUCGAACGUUGGAUACUAUUACGGCACACGAUGAACGAGUUGCGCAGCAGUUGCAAGCGGAAAUUGAGCGUGAGGCGAAAAUGAUGAGAGAGCUACAGCUGAAGCGUGAUGAAGAAUUGGCCAAGCGACUAGCCGAAGAAGAACAACAGCGAGCUGGUGGCAGUCGGGCGCUAUCCGCUUCCCCGUCGCCAGUUACACCACUUCGGUUUGUUGCUUCAAACCCAGCGACAUCCACUGCCAUCCAACCAAUUCGCGAUCUUCUAACCGGCGACGACUUGGAUUUGGACGAGUCUGUGCAAAAUGAGCUCAUCAACUGGAUGCUCAGCGGGGACCGC